UGCAUGUAUACUACAUUUUUCCUUGAAAGGAGUAUGAAGAUGUUGCAGUAAAACAGGAGUGAGCGUAGCUUCAGAGUUCUAUUUGUAUUUUAACUUACAUAGUGACGAUAGAGGAGGAGGUCAAACCUCAGUUUUGGGUUCAUUCCUAAACAUUCUAUUGAUCAGAUCCAAAAUCUGAGGCGGACAUUUUUUAUUUUUCAAUCUUGUUUAUGUUUGUGACAGACAUUUUCCAUCUGGUAAUGUUAGGUAAUGCGACUACUAAGCUUUAGGUCAGGCGCUUAGUGCUAGAAUGGAAACACGGAUCAUCCUCUCAUGUUCCACCGAAUAUCUACCGAAUGAAUAAUCAUUCAGCCUCAGCCUGGGUCUAACCUUUACACCAUUUUGACCUGCAUUUCUCUAGGUUAAAGAUGAAAAGACACCGGGCUCCAAAAGCUCAAAUGUAAGUGCUGAAUGUGGAUUUGUGGAUUUGUUUUGACUCCUUCAUCAUUGGUAAAGUGGUAACAGCAGAGUCUAGAGCAAGGGUUCUCAAACUUUUGACAUUCAAGGACUUCUGUAACUUAAAAUUAUUUUGUGCAGAUUUAUUUUACAAACAAACUUUUCAGGAAUUUAGGUACGUUAUAUAUGUGAUGUGUCCAAUAAUAUUUUGGCUAUUUAUUAGUCUUUCCACUCACAGAACCCAUUUAUAAAAAAAAAAAUUGUCAUUAUGUAUAGUUGAAAUUAUGAAUAGGCAUAAUAACAUUGAUAAGGGACAUCCUGGAUAUGCUUCAAGGACCCCUGGACUUCCCACACCCCACUUUGAGAACCACAGUUCAAGAGAUCACAGAUUUCAGACGGUCAAAUGCUUUUGUCCGGAUAAAUCAUUCAGAUCUUGGAACCCUCUGAUUAGCCACAAUGUCUUCUUAAUAUCAGAAGAAAUGUUGGCUCUCAGGUUAUUAUAAUAUUGUAUGACAUAAUAUGGAGCGUGGCAGGAUUAUUCCUGUCUGAUUGGUGGAAUGUAGAAUGAAGCACAUAGCUGCUUAUUCUCAUUUAUUUUGGCUGCUUGCCUGUCUUGGAUUCUCCAUAAUCAGAUUUUAGAGUGGCUUCUGUUUUUCCACUCGUUUAAGGAAGUACGAAGGAAUGUGUUAAUGGAAAAGAUGAUGUGGGUAAUGGAAGAAGAGUAUUAUUAAGGCUUUAUUCUUAAUACGAUGAGAGUGAUUUUGAUUAUUUCUCCUCUAAGCUUAUAUAAAGUGGUUAUUAUAUGUAAAGAUUUAGCAAAGCUAGCUAUUCUCUUUCAAGAAUGUUUUGGAGAAUUUGUUUGCUAAGGUAUUAGAGGGAUCUGCUUUAAAUCUGUUUUUAAGCAAGCAUAGCCAUUUUGAGUCCUGUAGAUGAUGCAAGGAAUUGCUGUAAUACAGUAUGCAGUCUUUCCCCUUUAAACCCACCUCAUUGAUGCUGCUGCAGCCGUGGACUGUGGUUGCAGAUUUAUUUUCCUCAGAGCAUCAGUGCACGUGAUCCUCUGAGCCGGGCAGCAUGGUGUGCUGACAGACACAUCCAUUCCUCGCCUUUCCGCCAAUCCUGGCUACACAAGGAGUGGGAGGGACUUCUGGAAAGACAGAAGGCAAUAGAGAGAGGGAGGAGACAAAAGAAAAGCAGGACAGUGAUAUAGACGGAAAUAGUUGAAGGCAGGAUGGGUCAGAACAAACGGGAGGUGUGUGUGGAACAUAUGAGCUCACAUGUGUGGUAGUUCUUGUGCACUCCGUGGAGAUGGGUUCAGACCUCGAGCCUGUUCGACACGCUUCUGCCUUCAGAGGAGUGAUGGAUUGUACUCCAAGCUGGAAGAGGACCAGCAUUAUCACCUUCAGGAUCGAUAUGAAGGUGAAGACCGAGGAGCAGAUAGCUGCAGAACGAGCCUGGUUUGGCACAGAGAAAGUAUGGCUGGUUCACAAAGACGGCUUUUCUUUAGCGACCCAGCUGAAGUCGGAGGAGGGAAGCGUUCCAGAGGGGAAAGUGAAGAUCCGGCUGGAACAUGAUGGGACGAUUCUGGAAGUGGAUGAGGACGACGUUGACAAGGCGAACCCUCCCUCAUCUGACCGUGUGGAGGAUCUGUCUUCUCUGCUGUACCUGAACGAGUCCAGCGUUAUGCACUCACUACGACAACGCUACGGAGGAAACCUCAUCCACACGUACGCUGGGCCUAACAUAGUGGUCAUCAACCCUGUCAGUGCGCCGUCCAUGUACUCAGAGAAGGUGAUGCACAUGUUUAAAGGCUGCCGCAGAGAGGACACGGCCCCCCAUAUCUACGGCGUGGCCCAAGCUGCGUACCGGAAACUUCUAACCACACGCCAGGACCAGUCCAUCAUACUGCUGGGUAAAAGCGGUAGUGGAAAAACCACCAACUGCCAACACCUGGUGCAGUACCUGGUGACCAUCGCAGGCAGCAACAGCAAGGUGUACUCAGCUGAGAAGUGGCAGGCCGUCUACACCAUCCUCGAGGCGUUUGGGAACUGCAGCACGUCCAUGAAUGGGAACGCCAGCCGCUUCUCCCACAUCGUCUCUCUGGACUUUGACCAGGCCGGUCAGGUGGCUUCCGCUUCAAUCCAGACGAUGUUGCUGGAGAAGUCGAGAGUGACACGCCGCCCAGAUGCCGAAUCAACAUUCAACGUUUUCUAUUACAUGAUGGCAGGAGCUGAUGGUUCUCUAAAAACCGAGCUGCACUUCAACCACUUUGCUGAGAACAGCGCCUUCGGGAUCCUGCCUCACUCCAAGCCUGAAGAGAAACAAAAGGCCGCUCAGCAGUUUGCUAAACUCCAGGCUGCAAUGAAGGUGUUGAGCAUUUCUGCAGAAGAGCAGAGAACCUUCUGGCUGGUGUUGGGCACCAUCUACCAUCUAGGUGCUGCAGGAGCCACCAAAGAGUCAGAUGAAGCCGGCCGUAAGCAGUUUGCCAGACACGAAUGGGCUCAGAAAGCGGCGUAUCUGCUGGGCUGCACUCUGGAAGAGCUCUCGUCAUCCAUCUUCAAACCCCAGGCCAAGGGAACACUACCACGAGCCUCCAGCAUCCGCCAGGGGGCCGAGGACUCCGGAGACAGCUCAGGGUCCAAGGCCACAGCAAUGGAGUGUUUGGAGGCCAUGGCUUCCAGUUUAUACUCGGAGAUCUUCACUCUCCUGAUCUCCCUCAUCAACAGAGCUCUGAAGUCCACACAGAAGCACUCGCUGUGUUCUUUGCUGAUCGUUGACACUCCAGGCUCCCAGAAUCCUCGGCAGGCCAAGAGCGAGAGAGGUGCUACCUUCGAGGAGCUCUGUCACAACUACGCUCAGGAACGAUUGCAGGCUCUUUUCCAUGAGCGCACGUUUGUGCAAGAGCUGGAGCGCUACAAGGAGGAAAACAUUGAGCUCACAUUAGACGACAUGGAGCCGAGUCCCUCGCUGUCCGUCGCUGCCGUAGACCAGGCGUCCAGUCAGGCCUUGGUGCGGACGCCAUCAAGGACAGAUGAGGCGAGGGGGCUGCUCUGGCUGCUGGAAGAGGAGGCAAUGCAUCCAUCAGGAUCAGAAGACACACUACUGGAGAGAUUCUUUAGCUACUAUGGCCCUGCAGAAGGAGAGAGCAAAGGCCACACGCUGCUGCUGAAGAGUGAGCAGCCGCAUCACUUCCUGCUUGCCCACAGCCAUGGCACAGACUGGGUGGAGUAUGACGCUCGUGGUUGGCUGAACUAUGCCAAGCAAAACCCCGCCUACCAGAAUGCAGCCAGUCUGCUACAGAAUUCACAGAAGAAGAACAUCAGCGCCUUGUUUAUGGGCCGCUCCAGCAGUGCGACGGUGCUGUCAGGCUCCAUUGCCGGGCUGGAGGGUGGCUCUCAGCUCGCUCUGCGCCGUGCCACCAGCAUGAGGAAGACCUUCACCACCGGCGUGGCUGCUGUGAAGAAGAAAUCCCUCUGCAUCCAGAUCAAGCUCCAAGUGGAUGCGCUGCUGGACACAGUCAGGAGGUCGAGGGUUCACUUCGUGCACUGCCUGCUGCCUAAGUUGGAUGCUUUAAGGAGUUCCAGCUCUGCUGAGGUCCAGGGUGAGAGCUGUGAUCCUGGCCUCAUGCAGCUGGACGUGUCUUUACUGAGAGCUCAGAUCCGGGGCUCGAAACUGCUGGACGCUCUCCGCAUCUACAGACAAGGUUAUCCAGACCACAUGGUGUUCUCCGAGUUCCGGCGUCGCUUCGACGUCCUGGCUCCACACCUGACCAAAAAGCUUGGCCGUAACUACAUUGUAAAGGAUGAGAAAAGGGCCGUAGAGGAGCUGCUGGAGUGUCUGGACCUGGAGAAGAGCAACUAUCACAUGGGCCUGAGCAGGGUGUUUUUCAGAGCGGGAACUUUGGCUAAACUAGAGGAGCAGAGAGAUGAGCAGACCAAACGCAACAUCACCUUAUUCCAGGCUGCCUGCAGGGGUUAUCUGUCUCGCCAGGCCUUCAAGAAGAGGAAGGUCCAGGACCUGGCGAUCCGCUGCAUCCAAAAGAACAUCAAGAAGAACCGGGGUGUGAAGGGCUGGCCCUGGUGGAAGCUCUUCACCAACGUGCGUCCUCUUGUCGAGGUCCAGCUCAGCGAGGAUCAGAUCCGUAGCAAAGAUGAAGAGAUCCAGCAACUGAAAGCGAAGCUUGAGAAAGUGGAGAAGGAGAGGAAUGAGCUCAGGCUGAACACAGAUCGGCUGGAGAGCAAAAUCACAGAGCUAUCAACGGAGCUCUCAGAUGAGAGGAACACCAGCGAGUCGGCGUCCCAGCUGUUGGAGACGGAGACGGCUGAAAGGCUGCGUCUGGAGAAGGACAUGAAGGACCUGCAGACAAAGUUUGAGGAAAUGAAAAAGCAGAUGGGAAGCAUGGAGGUGGAGGUGAUGGAGGCGCGGCUCCUCAGAGCGACGGAGUUUAACGGAGAGAUAGACGACGACGAUGAAACUGGUGGUGAAUGGAAGCUGAAAUACGACCGAGCUGUCCGAGAAAUAGACUUCACUAAGAAGAAACUACAGCAGGAGUUUGAGGACAAGCUGGAGGCAGAGCAGCAGAACAAGAGGCAUUUGGAGAGAAAGUUGGCUGACCUGCAGGCUGAUCAGGAGGAGACCCAGCGCUCUCUACAGCAGGCGAAGAAGAAAUGCCAGAGAUUAAUGGCUGAGCUCCAGGACACCAAACUGCACCUGGAGAACCAGCAGAGCCGCAACCACGAGCUGGAGAAGAAACAGAGGAAGUUUGAUCUGGAGCAGAGCCAGGCUCAGGAUGAGGUGCAGAGAGAGAGGACACAGCGGGAGAAACUGGGCAGAGAAAAGGAUGUCCUGACUGGAGAAGUGUUUACAAUCAGGCAGCAGCUGCAGGAUAAGGAGCUGGAGCUGUGUGGGCUGAAUGUAAAGCUGGAGCAGCUGGAGGCAGAGCUACAGGAUCUCUCCUCUCAGGAGUCAAAGGAUGAGGCAUCGCUGGCCAAGCUGAAAAAGCAGCUACGCGACCUUGAGGCAAAGGUCAAAGAUCAGGAGGAGGAGCUGGAUGAACAGGCUGGAACCAUCCAGAUGCUGGAGCAGGCUAAGCUGCGCCUGGAGAUGGAGAUGGAGAGGCUGAGGCAGAUGCAUUCAAAGGAGCUUGAGAGCAAAGAUGAAGAGGUAGAGGAGAUCAGACAGUCAUGUAGUAAGAAGCUGAAACAGAUGGAAAUGCAGUUGGAGGAGGAGUAUGAUGAUAAGCAGAAGGUUCUGAGAGAGCGGAGAGAGCUGGAGAGCAAACUGCUGAACGCUCAGGACCAGGUGGGCCAAAGGGAUGUGGAGAUGGAGAAGCGUCUGAAGAAGGAUCUGAAGCGCACCAAGGCCUUGUUGGUUGAUGCUCAGCUCAUGCUCGAUCACCUGAAGAGCAACGCGCCGAGCAAGAGAGAGAUCUCACAGCUCAAGAACCAGCUGGAGGAGUCAGAGUUCACCUGUGCCGCAGCUGUGAAAGCUCGCAAGUCCAUGGAGCUGGAGAUCGAGGACCUGCACAUCCAGAUGGAGGACAUCUCCAAGGCAAAGAUGUCGCUGGAGGAACAGAUCAGCAGACUGCAGAGAGAAAAGAACGACCUGCAGUCGCGUCUGGAGGAGGACCAGGAGGACAUGAAUGAGCUGAUGAAGAAGCACAAGGCAGCUGUGGCCCAGUCGGCGAGGGACUUGGCUCAGAUCAGCGACCUGCAGGCUCAGCUGGAGGAGGCCGCAAAGGAGAAGCAGGAGAUUCAAGAUAAGCUCCAGUCUGUGCAGAGCCAGCUGGAGUUCCAGGAGCAGUCAAUGGUGGAGAAGUCUCUGGUCAGCAGGCAGGAAGCCAAGAUUCGUGAGCUGGAGACCAAGCUGGAGUACGAGCGCACCCAGAUCAAACGCCUGGAGGCCCUGGUGACGCGGCUGAAGGAGAACCUCGAGAAGAUGACUGAGGAGAGGGACCAGCGCUCAGCUGGCGAGAACCGUGAGAAAGAGCAGAACAAGCGCAUGCAGCGGCAGACCCGCGACCUCAAGGAGGAGAUGACUGAGCUGGCCAAGAAGGAGGCUGAGGCCAGCCGCAAAAAACAUGAACUGGAAAUGGACAUUGAGAGCCUGGAAGCAGCCAAUCAGAGCCUGCAGGCGGACCUCAAGCUGGCCUUUAAGAGGAUCGGCGAUCUGCAAGCCGCCAUUGAGGACGAGAUGGAGAGUGACGACAACGAUGACCUCAUCAACAGUUUGCAAGACAUGGUGACAAAGUAUCAGAAAAGGAAGAACAAAAAUGGAGAGGACUCUGAUGUCGACUCUGAGGUGGAGGACCGUGUGGACGGGGUGAAGUCCUGGAUCUCAAAAAAUAAGGGCUCCACCAAGACCCUAUCAGAUGAUGGCAACUUGAAGGCCCCCAGCCUCAAAUAUCCUAAUGCAGCCAAUGCUGAUGUAAAAGACAUAAAAGAAGGGAAGGAAGGUAAAGAAGGUCAAGAUGUGAAAGAAGGGUAUAAAGAUGGCAAAGACACCGAGCUGAGUAGAUCGGUGUCUGUGAUGAGCUCGCUUAGCUACAGGAAGCGUUCUAACCUGAAGGACUCCAUUGGAGGAACUGGGGACGAGAGCUCCCUUUUCAAUACCCUAAAAGAGCAACCAGACACCCCGGACCGUUUGUCACUCCGCAAAGCAAAGAACAAGUCCAAUGAGAAAGCCGGAGAUGACCUUGAUGACCGGGGCUCUGUCAUCUCUCAAGCUUACUCUGAAGCCACCAGCAGAGCCAGAAAAGGUCUGGAACGGCGUUGGACCAAGAGUAGCCAAGAGUUUGACAAGGAGUCUGUCGUGUCUUCCGUGGCGCCUAGCAGAACUUCCUUGCGCCGUGGACUGGACCAGGACAAUGAUGCUAGCUCCACAAUAAGUGGCUACAGUGUGCGCCGAAGCACAUCAUGGAUGGAUGAUAGCCGAAGCGACUGUGGGUCUGCAGUGAGUCCCGGCUUAACCCGCCGCUCAGGAGGUCGAAGCCCCGGGAGCAUCAGCCUCAGCUCCCGUACCUCGUUGGCGCGCAGCAGCCGGCUUAGCGAAUUCGGUGUUAACCUGGCAGACAAUGAUGAUGCUGUGAGCGUGGCCUUUAGUGAAGGUGGAAUCUCAUCCUUUAGUCCUCGCUCUCUAGGCCGAAGCCUUUCCAGCCCCGCCCACAGCCGCUCCGCUGGGGGUGAAGCACUCGAUGACACAGAGGUCAAACCAGUCAGUCACCGCAACUACCUGGACCCCGAUCUGGAAAAAGCCAUUAAUGAAGUUCUCAGCUUUAAGCCCAUCAAGUUCAAGCGCCGCAGUCUGGAUGACUCUGAUGAAGAGAAGGGAGGAGAAGGAGAAGAGGAGGAUGACAGGAAGAGCAUACGCAGUGUGAAGAGCUCUCUGCAGUAUGACGACGAUGAUGAUAUUGAUCUGCACCGAAGCACAUCUAGACUUCAGCGUUCGGCAUCUGGCUCGGCGCUGGACUACACCCGCUCUUCCAGCAGUUUCAGCUCUCGCAGCAGAAGCAGCAGCCGCAAAACCAAGAAGAAGAAGAACCGAGACUCGGAAUCCGAGAGCUCGUCAGCUGACGAACACAGAAAAAGCUCCAAGAAGAAAGGGAAAAAGGGGUCCAGGAAAGGAAAGAAGGAGGAAAGCGAAUCAGAAUCGUCCGAAUCCGAGUCAUCUGACUCGUCCUCCAGCUCCAGUUCCGCUGUGUCCUAUCGGAGUUCCAACAGCAUAAAGAAGGGCCCGGGCCGAGGUGCACCAGGAUCUGACGAGGAAGCGGGGCUAGAUGGUCUUGCAGAAGAGAGACCCCGGAGCAAGAAAGAAGAGAGGAAGAAGAAGAAGAAAAUGGAUAACCUGGUGAUGAAGUAUCUUUACAGGCCUGAUAAUGAUUAAAAACAGGAGGUGCAGCAGCCCCUCUUCCUUUAGGAGACACCUGAGCCGGACUGAUGAGGAGGUAGGUGAGGAGGAGAAAGAUCUCCAGCAGACCCUCCUUGCCGAUGGAGAUGGCGAAACCAGACUUUCAGAGACCACGACAUAGAUCUGAAAUAUC